CGAUAUGCCCCAAACCCUAAUAAAACCUUACUCACUACUUACGAUUACAAACAGCAUCGCCUCUCGCUAUUGCUCCUCACGUCAAUUCUCCCCGCUCGUCAUCGCCUCCCCUGUGAAGUCACUGGCCGGAGACCUUCGAUAGCCACAACUCCGUCGCACCUAAGCCCAGCUUUAUAAUGAACUGAAGAUUGUUUCUCCAAGCUAUACAAGAGUACCACAGUGAUAAUCAAUUUGAGAAGUAGAUAAUGAUUAAUUUAUUGUUACAAAACUAAUCUUGAAGGUGAUCAACAUUUACUUAGUAGAGAAGAAAAGUGCUAAAACAGAGGAGUGAUGAAGCUUGAUGUGAAUGUUCUUCGGUACCUCUCUAAAGAUGACUUCAGGGUUCUCACUGCUGUAGAGAUGGGAAUGCGCAAUCAUGAAAUUGUACCUGUUGAGCUCAUCGAUCGCAUUGCUUCACUCAGACAUGGAGGGACUUAUAAGGUGUUGAAGAAUUUGCUCAAGCACAAACUGUUGCAUCAUGACUCUUCAAAGUAUGAUGGGUUCAGGCUUACCUACCUUGGUUAUGAUUUUCUUGCUAUAAAGACUCUGGUCAACCGAGGUGUAUUUUCAUCAGUAGGACGCCAAAUUGGUGUGGGGAAAGAGUCUGAUAUAUUUGAGGUUGCAAAUGAAGAAGGUGAGAUUAUGGCUAUGAAAUUACACAGACUUGGUAGAACCUCUUUCAGAGCUGUGAAGUCAAAGCGUGACUAUUUAAGGCACAGAAGCAGCUUUAGUUGGCUUUAUCUCUCUCGCCUUGCUGCUCUUAAAGAGUUUGCUUUCAUGAAGGCAUUACAAGAACAUGGGUUUCCUGUUCCAAAUGCAGUGGAUUGCAAUCGCCAUUGUGUCAUAAUGUCCCUUGUUCAAGGCUAUCCACUUGUUCAGGUGAAGGAGUUGCAAAAUACUAACACCAUUUUUGAGAAGAUCAUAGGAAUUAUUGUCCGUUUGGCAGAGCAUGGUCUUAUUCAUUGUGACUUCAAUGAAUUUAACAUAAUGAUAGAUGAUGAUGAAAAAAUCACCAUCAUUGACUUUCCACAAAUGGUAUCUGUAUCUCAUCGAAAUGCAGAAAUGUACUUUGAUCGUGAUGUUGAAUGUAUUAUCAAGUUUUUCAGCAAGAGAUUCAACCUAUCUUUUGAAGCGGAUGCUGGUGAUUCAGAUUCAGAUUCAGAUGCUGAGUCAGAUAGUAUAAAGCCUCGGUUUUCUUCAAUAAAGAAAGCUUCUGGUUUCCUUGACAAGGAACUUUCUGCUAGUGGCUUUAGCAGGAAGGAACAAGCUGAUAUUGAAAAGUUUACUCUUGAGAAGAUUCCUGGUUCUGAUGAUGAAGAAAUAGAAGAAGAAGAAGAAGAUGAAGGAGAAAUCCAAAACUUUGAUUCUUUAUGCUCAUUGACCAAUGAUGAGGAGCAAGUAAAGGCUUGUGGAAAUAGUGGGGAUGUAGAAGAAGAGGAUCAACAACAGCUCUCUGAAGGGAAACAGCCUGUUAAAAGUGAUCAGGUGAAAGAUGAUGAUGAUGAUGAUGAUGGUGGUGAUGAUGAUGAUGGUGAACUUGCGGAGCGUCUAGCAAAGCAGAGACGACGUGCUAUUCAAGCAGCAAGAGCAGGAAGGAAGAGCAACAAUGGUUCAAGAAAUGCGUAUAAAGACAAGGGUGCAAAAUCCUCUCAUAAUUCCAAGAUCCAGAAGCAGCAAAUGGCUAGUAGUAAUUGGUGAUUUAAACAAAGCAAAUGGCUAAUAGUAAGUUGUCAUCUACAGGAUAUAUAUUUUUGGGUCUUACUAAAAACUCACUCCAUACUUUUUUAUGUAAUAUUUUUAUAGCCUUUAUGUCUAAUCGCUUGGGCAACAUCAUAUACAUCAUCACUUCAUCUGUCACAA